UUCAGUGUGAGCAGUGCAUGUGAUGGCCCAGACAAAAGAUCCAAACUUUGGGCAGUCAUCAGGCCCUAACUCUGCCCUUCAGAGGCUGGACACGUUAGCUAGCCGAUUUUUUUACAAAUAUCGAAAAGGGCACCAGGAGAAGGGACUAGAGAAUGAGGGGCCACAUGUGACAGACUAUACCGUUCUUUGGGAUGCAACAAUGAAAGAAUUCUUUGCACAAGCCAAAGAGGAUUUCUCGAGAAAAUGGGACUUUCAGCCGCAGAGCACAUCGUGUCUAGAUGACUUUGACAGAUUGAAAACUCUUGGCACUGGAUCUUUUGGAAGAGUAAUGCUAGUCAAGCACAGACAGUUGGGACGAUACUACGCUAUGAAGAUUCUGGACAAAGAAAAAGUGGUGAAGCUUAAACAGAUAGAACACACAUUAAACGAGAAGAAAACAUUACAAGCAGUGUCCUUUCCUUUCCUUGUGAAGCUGGGGUUCGCUUUUAAGGAUCAUUCAAAUUUAUACAUGGUCAUGGAAUAUAUCCAAGGUGGUGAGAUGUUCUCACAUCUGAGACGGAUUGGAAGAUUCAGUGAGCAGAACGCACGGUUCUAUGCUGCUCAGAUUGUUCUGACCUUCGAGUAUCUUCAUGCUCUAGACCUCAUCUACAGAGACCUUAAACCUGAAAACUUGCUCAUCGAUCAUCAGGGAUACAUCCAGGUAACAGACUUCGGCUUUGCCAAACGAGUCAAAGGCAGAACUUGGACGUUGUGCGGUACACCAGAGUACCUGGCACCAGAGAUCAUUCUCAGCAAGGGCUACAACAAAGCUGUUGACUGGUGGGCAUUGGGUGUUCUGAUCUAUGAAAUGGCUGCUGGAUAUCCGCCUUUCUUCGCUGACCAACCUAUUCAGAUCUAUGAGAAAAUUGUAUCUGGCAAGGUACGAUACCCUUCACACCUUAGUUCAGACCUGAAGGAUCUUCUGCACAAUCUGCUGCAGGUGGACCUCACAAAACGCUUUGGCAAUUUGAAAAAUGGAGUCAGCGACAUAAAAAACCACAGAUGGUUCGCUACAACAGACUGGAUUACAAUCUUUGAGAAGAAGAUUGAUGCUCCCAUCAUACCAAAGUGCAGAGGACCUGGAGACACGAGUAACUUUGAUGAGUACGACGAGGAAGACAUCCGGUUAUCUGUCACAGAGAAAUGUACAAAAGAGUUCUUGGAGUUUUAGAGUCUCUGUAAAGGCUUUAGUAAAAGUUUACAUGGGUACUUUGUCUUGUUAUGCACCUUCAAAGUUGAAUCCAAGAACAUCACAAUUCCUUCCACAUUGCUUCAUUCAAAGAGACUUGGGGAGAUUUGGAAAUUCACAGGUGCCUUUAUCAGUGAAGUUUAGUCUACUGCAUAAAAAAAAAGAUCAUAGUCUUCUGUCUGGAAACAUUUAUGAUUAAAGUUGAGAUUUUUUACUUGUGUUCAUCUUUUAUAUGUUAAUUAAUUUAUAAAAUGAAUAAAGCAUAUUUUUCCUGCGUUGAACUAUUUUUUUUUCACUCAUGUGUGUUACACAUGAAAGAAAUGUGCAGUAUAUGUUCAGUAUUAAUACAUGAGAAAAGCUCAAUUCCACAUUAUGUUUAAGUGUGUGUGCACGAUAUCUGUUUGUGGAAUAUAUGCGCUGAAGAAAGCUUUUGGUUGUUCAGAAAUAUCAAAAGAAAGUAUUUAAAAAUAUAUGAUCCUGAUAUUUCAUCUAAAGUCUUGAACUGCACUGAAAUUGAAAAUGAAAAUAGGUUUUUGAUUUGUGCACCUUCUCAUCUGUCGUCUUAUAUGGACCAUGUGAAUACUUUUUUUUAAGAGAAAUGUUAUAUCUGCUGUAGAGAUUAUGAUGUCCAAUUUUGGGACAAAUUAUUUUGA